UUCUGCAGGGAAUCCAUCUUCUGGAAACGAUUGUCUCAUGAGAACAUCGUCCCCUUCCUUGGUACAUCCCCACGAUCCCACGUAUGCAUAGUAGCAGAAUGGAUGGAGCAUGGUGAUGUUUUAUCCUAUCUCGAGCGAUUUCCUCUCGCAGAUCGCAGACAGCUCAUAACCGAUGUCGCUCGUGGCCUGAACUACAUGCAUGCUAGCGGGGUUAUACACGGCGACGUGAAAGGACGGAACAUCCUCGUUGACGGAGAACACCAUGCCAGGUUGAGCGACUUCGGCCUGUCAACCACUAUCCUUGGGACAGAAACCCUUGCGUCGGUCACGGAAACUUCCGCAAACAGAGGUAGUCUGCGAUACAUGGCCCCAGAGCUACUGGAUCACACGGUGGACAGCGUCGCGCUGACCAUCAGAGCGGACGUCUACGGUUUCGCAAUGGCUAUGUGGGAGAUAUUCGAGGGAAGGAUACCUUUUCACGAGAUCAGAGUGGACUACGUCGUCGUGCUGAAGAUUAAGGAUGGUGUACGCCCUCCGCGUCCUGCGGACACGACGGGGCUCGGUCUCGAUGACGAGAUGUGGGGUCUGAUACAGGAUUGCUGGACUGCCGAUCCGUCUCAGAGACCUACCAUGAGCCGCGUCUUGGCUCGACUUACACCCCAUACACGUGAUUAG